CCCGGGCAGACGGACGCGGCCAACGCCCUGGGUUUCUAUAAACAGCCCUGCUGGCCGCCGUUGCCAAGGCCGUGGCCCACACAGAGGCGGGCGAGUCGAUCGUUGGGAGAAGGAAGUUGUAACAGCAGGGACUGCAGAGCCGGGCACCACAGUCAGCUUCAGCCGAGUAACAGAGGAAGAGGAGGCUACACAGUUAGGUCACACUUUUGAGGAAGACCAAGCAACAUGACAAUGACAAAGACAGACAAGAAAGCGGCCUUCACCGUGAAUGUCGAAGAACACUACUGGCUGAGUGAACACAGUGAAUCGCGGCUCCGUCAGCUUGGUGCCACCUGCGUAGAGGAGGUGACCACCAUGGUCGACUACUAUGAUGACGAGACCUUUCAGCUGGCCUCUCAGCAGAUCUGGCUAAGUCGGCACAAUGGCCAGUGGCGCUUGAUCCUGGGCAGGGGGCCGAGCCUCAACGUGGCCAGCAAAACCGCGCCCGCUGGUCCUGCUGCCAGUUGUGAAGAACGCAAAAGCAUUGAAACUUCACCCAAUGCAUCUGCAGUGCCACACGAGAAGGACCAGGACCCAAAGCUCUUGGACGUGCUUUACUGUGAGCUGACCGGACACCAGGAGAUCAUUGAGCAGCUGGCACGCCGUCUCCACAUUGCUCUGACGACACAGGAGGCCAAGGUGAUGGCACCUGAAGGUUUCCUUCAGAUGGCAGGGAUCCAGCGCUAUGGAAGCCACCAGAGCCAGCGGAGGGCCACCUACAAACUGCAAGACUGCUGUACCGUGGUCAUACAGGACGAGGAGUCCAGCGACAGGCGUGCAGCGGUGGUCACCAUGGAGGCGGACGUGCUGAACAUCGUCAGCGAGCUGGAGAGGCUGGAGGAGAUCGCCACCCAACUGGAACUGCUGCCCGUUGGAGGAGAGCUAGAGAUGUGACUGAGAAAGUAACGGGCACAAGCCACUUUUAAAAAGGGUCCACUCGUGAGGACCUCUUUGUUUUGUUCUUGGAACCUGUCACAGGUGUGGGGACCCUGACUGACCAACCAACCAGUCCAAGAUGAGCCUUGGCACAGAAAGCACACAUUUCAAGGCGGGUCAUCUGCAAGCAUCCCACUCGAGGGAACAAAGGGGUGUCCGUCCAUGUCCAGCGGAUUCAGAGCCAAUACAGUAUGCACCUCUCGCCCCACUCAUGUGGGCUUUCAAUGCCAUGUUUCUACUAUGAUGUCAUUUUGGGUGGGCACCGAUUUCAACUGCUAUAGUAUGGAAACCCACAUUACAGUCCUUCGAUGAGACCGCUGGACAGACUGGCUCUCUAAUAUUUUAUGCAGUCCAGUCCGGUGGAAGGCAGUGACCUCCCAGAGACAGAAAGCAUUUGCCCACUGCUGGGUAUCCCUUAACAUCUAAGGAUGACUCAUCCAUUAAAUUCUCCACUUCCUUCAAGGCCAUGUUCCCUUCAAGCAGGUGCAGAUGAGGUGGUCACCAUAGUCCACCUUGCUUUAUGUCCCUCGGUCCAGUGCUUCCUUCUGUUAAGCCAAAGACAACACAAACUGCUGAUGGGGCAUCCAUUUCAUGGGACACUGUGUAGGUGGCAACAGACACCUAGCGAGAACCUGCAAAGAUCAUGCAGAUACAGAAGCUGGUCCUUGGUGUCGGUGGACUUAAAGGUCAAACCUUCACACAUUGGCCCCUUCAGGUCUGAACAGAGCUGCAUGUUAUGCUUUUUUAUGGGGAAAAUAGCAUCCCUACAUAAUACCUUGUGGACACAAGGGGGUGCUCUUGGGCAGAUAGCCCAGUCAGGACUAAUCACUGAUGUAUGCUUGACUGUUCUUAAAGGUUCAUUUUCAUAUCUGGAAUCCACUGGAUGCACUUCUGUCUGCUAAGGGUGAAGAAAGACCUGCAGUUAGUGCUUACAACAGUGAAGAUAGGGGGCGCUCCAGCGUACAUUUCUAAGUCAGGAUUUCAUUUUUUCUUGACAUUCAGGAGAGGCUCCUUUUGUUGUUUGGAAUCCCUCAGGUCCAUUUCUGCCCAUUAAUAGUGAAGAAGCAGCCCCCAUUAGUGUUUAUAUGGUGAUAGGGGGCGCUCUUGUUUGGGUAUCCCAGUCAGGGCUUAUUAUCAAUGCACAAUCGAACGUUAUUACAGGCUCAUUUUGAUGUUUGGUAGCCCCUUGGCUGCAUUGCUCUCCAUUAAUGGUGAAGUAGAUCCUCCAGGUAGUAAUCACCGAAUGACGACUGGGGGCGCUCUGGAGUACAUUUCCUGUCAGCUGGAGGCGGGACUUGUUAUAGUUAACAGCCAGAUAAGGUGCAUUUCUGACCAAUGAUAGUGAAGUAGGAUCUCCUAUUGGCUUUCACGACUCAUUUAGAAACAGGGGGCACUUUUGGGCAAGUUUCACAGUCUGGUGGAAUCAGAUCUUAAUACUGAGGUACAGCUGAUGAUCAUUGGAGGCUCUUUUUGUUGUUUGGUAUUCCCUGUUCACAAUUCUAUCUCCUAAGUGCUUUGAGCAGGGAAAAGCACUAUAUAAAUAAAAAUGUACUAUUAUUAUUAUUAUUAUUAUUAUUAAGGUUGGUGUUCACUAUGUGGAAAAAGGGGGCGCUCUUGGGUAGGUUUGCCUCUUGAGAUUUAUUACUAACUUGCUGUCCCCUGCAGCUCCACCCAUGUAGUAGUGGAACAGGACAAACUUUAAAAUUCAAUUAAAAAUAAAUUUUUUAAA